ACUGGCAUUUAAUUCCACAAGCAUCAAGUCAGCUGAUAAGAGCGCACGUGUGUUUACUUUUUAAAUAAAUACAGAAAAAUGGAGUCAAAAUUAAUUUCAUUUCUUUUUUUAUUAAACUUGAGUGCGAUAUUAAUUAUCGAUCAGUGUCAAGGGUUGAAUAAAUAUUCAGCGGAAGCUAACAAACCAAAUAAGAAAAAAAAUGUUGACUCCAAAGAGAUUCCGGUACCUGGUUCAGUAAGAGAACUUGAUAAGCCCUAUCGUAUGGCUAAAUUAAAUUUAGUUUGGACUAAAGCGAAGCACCGACUAACUGACGUGAAACUCCAGUCAUUGUUUAGCGACCUAAAGAUGCAUGACAAAGAGGAAUUGGUUUACAAGCAUUACAAAGAAGAGGGCAACGAUACAGAAGGAUUGGAAGCUGCCAGAUUACGGAAAAAAUUAAUUGGGAUAAUGAGUACCUAUGGUUUGUUGGAUCAUUUUGCAGAAACUGAUGAUCCAGAAUUAUUGAAACAUCAUAAGCCUCUGAAUGAUGGUAGCAAUUAUGUAGCCAAGGAUUUGUUCAAAGAUAAAAAACUUAAUCAGUUGUGGGCUAAAGCUGAACAUGCUGGUUUUACGGGUGAAGAACUAGAAGCAUUGAAAGAAGAAUUUUCUCAUCAUCAAGACAAAAUAAAUGAAUAUAUGAGUAUUUUAUCAGAUGUGGAAAAUGGUGAUCCCGAAGCAUAUAAAAACAGUAUUGAUGAAGAUCAUCCCAGUUGGAAUGAAAUUGAUCAUCAGGAAGAAAAUGAAGAAGAAUCAAAUGCGAUACCAACUAAAAAAACUGACUACGUUUCCAAAGCUAAUUUGCUGCGAGAAAAACAUCAAGAUAUAAAAAGUGGAUACGAUAAUUUGGAUAAAAAGACCGCCGAAGGUCCAGACCACCAAGAAUUUGUGGAGCCAAAAGUUCAAGGGCUAUGGAGAGUAGCCAAAAGUGCCCAGUUUACUAAAAACGAACUCGAGUCUUUGAAAGAGGAACUUCAUCAUUAUCAGACAAGACUAUUAAAACUGCGUCAUUUACACACUCAAGCUGCAUUGGACGCCGCUAAAAACGGAAAAGACUACGACCCUGAUAAUUCUACCAAGCAAAAUAUAAAAAAACACGCGCGUACUGUUGAAAAACUCCACAUGGAUAUCGAAUCACGAAUUAUGGAACGACAUUCUGAGUUAUAAUUUCCCAGCUGCAAUUAUUCUACUUUCUUACUAAGUGUCCAUAGCACGAACUAAAUAUUAAAUGCCAGUGAAAUAUUUUUUUUGUAUUAUAAUUCAA